AUGUUCUACAAAGCAACUGAAUCAAUGUAUAAAAGAGGUGUACAUUAUGUCCAGAUACCAUUGGAACGUGAUAUCGAUUUAUUUUUAUGGAAUAGUUUAGCUAAUGCAUUGGAAUCAUUUUGUGAUCGAUGGAGCAGACAUCUGUUAAAUAAUCCAUGUGGUCCACAAUGCUCAAAAGUAAUAGUACUUGAUGGACAUCAGAAAUGUACUCGCAGGCUGUGUCAGUUCGAAGAUGAAUAUAUGGAAAGUACCGAGCUUGGUCGCAUUCCAGUUCUUCUUUCACAAUUCUUUUAUUGCACAAUGCUUUAUUUUAAAGUCUACGCAUACAUUGGUAUUGUUUAA